UCACUGCUGAUGUGAAAAGGAAUUUAGUGGUUUAUAUUUACUAAAAUAAUUGCAUUUCCAUGUUGUGUGUACUGUGGGAGACCAGAUAUAGUGAAUGCAGGGUCUGGGGAGACCAGAUAUAGUGAAUGCAGGGUCUGGGGAGACCAGAUAUAGUGAAUGCAGGGUCCGGGGAGACCAGAUUUAGUGAAUGCAGGGUCCAGGGAGACCAGAUAUAGUGAAUGCAGGGUCCGGGGAGAGGGGAUAUAGUGACUGCAGGGUCCGGGGAGACCAGAUAUAGUAAAUGCGGGGAGACCAGAUAUAGUGAAUGCAGGGAGUCCAGAUAUAGGAAUGCAGGGUCCAGACCAGAUAUAGUGAAUGCAGGGUCCGGGGAGACAGAUAUAGUGAUGCAGGGUAUAGUGAAUGCAGGAUAUAGUGAAUGCAGGGUCCGAGGAGACCAGAUAUAGUGAAUGCAUGAUAUAGUGAAUUACAGAUAUAGUGAAUGCAGGGUCUGGGUUUA